CCGCUGUCACAGUUGAGCACUGUAGCUUUCCAGGACAGUGAGAGGAAGAUCGAAACAAGGAAGAAAACCCAUCGCCAACUCCUACUCAAACUUCAAGCCGAGUCUUUUUUGUUGUUGUUGUUGUUGUUGUUGUUUUUCCGCGUCCGUUUCCACCAUGAAAGCCAUCAGUCCCGUCCGCUCGGUGAGGAGCUGCUACAAGGCCGUGUGCUGUAUUUCGGAGCAGAGUCUCGCCAUCAGCCGGAAUAAACACUCGUGUCUGGAGGAGCCGAUGAGCGCCCUGUGCGACAUGAACGACUGCUACUCCAAGCUGAAGGAGCUGGUGCCGAGCAUCCCGCAAAACAAGUCGGUCAGCCAGGUGGAGAUCCUGCAGCAUGUCAUCGACUACAUCUUCGACCUGCAGAUCGCGCUGGAGGCGGAGGACACAGCCACGCCGGAGAUGGUGUUGUCAAUAAAGACUGCGGACCUUGCUCGCAAUUUCUCCAAAGAAGAAGGACGGUUGUGCCACUAGGACGAGGAUGACAGAUUAUGGUGCAGGGAAACACAUGUCUCCACUUCACUCCGGGCAAGAGGACAAGAGGGGCAGAAAGGGUGGGAUAGGUAUUUGGGAGAGAAGGAGAAGAAGAAAAAGAAGAAGGAGGAGGAGGAGGAGGGAGUUGGAGGGUUUAAAGAAAGAAAGAAAAGACAGAAAAAAGUGGACUGUUUCCUAGAUGAGUGGGGAUCAACAGUAGUGCAUGAGCAAGAAAACAGAGACUCAUUCUUUGGCCCCUGGACAGACAAAUCAACACACCAAAGCAGAAGCCAGGAUUGGAAACUGAAAGCAAGCGGCUUUGUAUGCCCUCCUCAACGAAACCUGGGAUUCCCUAUAGAUAGAAGUAGAAAUAUUGGUACAUUGUUGUUUUAUUUUCUUUUAUUUUUUGUGUUGCAUUCCAAACAAACUUUACGUGGGUUAAACUCACACCCAUCCUGAACCCAUCAUAUGUCACAUCAUCUCACAUAAUUUUCCCUGCAUUAUUCCCACCAAACCCCCCACAACCCCCAUCCCAAAAAAAAAAAAAAAUCUGUUUUCCAAUGAUCUGGAGACUGUUACAACUUCAUCCGAAUGUGUACAUAUCUGCUGUGGGUAUGUAAGGUGUGAGUCAAUUUGGUAUAAUCAGAACUCUAUACUAGAGUUAAUUGUAAAAGUUUGUAGGGAUUGUGUUAUUUCUACAGACAAUGUGAUGUGAGUUUCAUAAACUCUUUAUUAUAAAGUUUGCUUUGUAUGUAUGUUCUUAUGUAAUGAAAUAAAAAAAAGAUGUGAAACAG